AUGUCUCUCCCAAGAUUCCAAAGAGUAAACUUUGGGCCAUACGAUAAUUACAUUCCAGUCAGUGAAUUAACCAAAAAAUCAUGGAAUCAGCAACACUUUGCCCUGUUAUUUCCCAAACCACAACGGCCAGGAACCAAAAGGAGAUCAAAACCUUCUCAAAUACGGGACAAUACGGUUCCUAUAACUGAUGAAGAACAAUUUAGAGGAGGUCGUAGACAACCAUUAUGGACGCACCGUUCUUUAAUGAGAAUUUCUGAGAGACCAUCCGUUUAUUUAGCUGCCAGGAGGCAGCCUCUCAAACCAACUCAUGCUGCCAAGGUGGAUUCUAAAGCCGCAGAGAUUGGUAUAAAAGGUGAAGACAAGACAACACAGAAGGGCACAACAGAUUCAGAAUCAGAAUUAAAACAAGGAAAAAAAGAUUCAAAGGAAGGCAAGGAUGAAGAGAAAGGAAAAGAUGAAAAGCUAGAUACAAAGAAAGAUAGCAAAAAGGGUAAAAAGGCUGCAGAGAAGGGCAAAGACUCAGCUACGGAAUCUGAAUAUGAAGAAGGAGGUGCAAAGAAAGAUGACAAAAAAGAUAAAAUGGAUUCAAAGAAAGGCAAAGACUCAGCAACAGAAUCUGAAGAUGAAAAAGGAGUUGCAAAGAAAGAUAGCACAAAAGAUAAAAAGGAUUCAAAGAAAGGCAAAGACUCGGCAACAGAAUCUGAAGAUGAAAAAGGAGGUACAAAGAAAGAUAGCAAAAAAGGCAAAAAGGAUUCAAAGAAGGGCAAGGAUUCAGGCACAGAAUUAGAAGCUGUAAAAGCAGAAGGAAAGAAGGAUAAGGAUGGAAAAAAAGAUGCAAACAAAGGUGAUGAAUCGAAGGAGGCCAAGAAGGAUGCCAAGAAAGAUGCAAAGGAGAGUAAAAAAAGUAAGAAAGAUAAGAAGCCCAGUAGUACAGACAGUGACUCAAAGGAUGAUGUCAAGAAAGAGUCUAAGAAGGAUGCCAAGAAAGAUGCCAAGAAAGUUACUGACAAAGAAUCUACUGAUGCAAAGAAGGAUGAAAAGAAAGAUGCAAAGAAGGAUGCAAAGAAGGAUGAAAAGAAGAAUGCAAAAAAGGAUGCAAAGAAGAAGGGCAAGUAG